AUGAAGACCCUAGUAAUUCUGACCGCCCUAUUGGGCGUCGUCCUGGCACAGGAUGGCACUUGCAGCGUGAAGUUUGUCCCACUGGGCAACAGUGCGUAUUACUUGGAGCGAAACAAGUUCAAUUGGUGGGAUUCCUCCCGAAGAUGCAUGGCACUGGGCUCCCAACUAGCUCACAUCGACAGCGAAGAGGAACUGAACGCAGUCACCACCUAUCUUAAUCAAUUGGGAUUCUCCGCAGAAGAAGCGGUCUGGUUUUCCGGCUUUGGCAUCAAAUCCGGAGCUUGGAUCUCAAUCGCCAACUCCAAGAUACUGUCCUUCUUCAAGUGGGGUCCCUCUGAGCCAAAUGAUUACGCAAGUUCCGAGAAUUGCUUGGGCAUCAAGGUCACCAGUGGCAGCUGGUCCAUGUACGACUUGAGUUGUUUUAAAGAGUACGCGUACUUGUGCGAAAAUGUAUCGAAAUAA